ACAAUUAGUAAACAUACAUUUAUACCAUUGGCAUUUAUUUAUGUGACCGUGACACUAAUUUAUUAUAGUAGAUAAAAACAACGGUAUUAAUUAUCCUAUCGUAGGUAAAUUAUUCCAUGUGGACAUUGUCACUGUCAUUAUUCAUUGAUGGCAUCCAUUUCUUCAUUCUGCGGCAGGCAUUGGCACUUUCUAAACGUACCAUACGUCUUGUUUACGUUGUAUUAAAAUAGUCUUUCUCAGUCAUAUUAUCACAGUGUUCACAAAAUAUGAGGUUCUAUAUGAUAUUUUCAGUAUUCAUUUUUAUUACAUAUGCCAGAAGCGAAUCCCCAGAGGAAUACAUCACAAACGAAAUAGAUGGUCAUGGAUACAAGUUAAUUUAUACAGCUGAACCCUGGACACGUGCUAAGGACAAAUGUACCGAAAUUGGUGCUAAGUUAUCAGUGCCCAAAUCUGAGGCGGAGUUUAGAUUCAUACAAAAAAUUGUACGAUCUAUGAAGUAUCCGGAUAUAAUCGGUAGCCGAUACAAAUUACUUGUUUGGCUUGGAAUAUACCAUAUCGAUAACCACACAACUUGGACGAACGUCGAUGGUGAGAACAUCGAGGAUACUGGUUUUCACACUUGGGCAGGACAAAAUGGACUAAUAUUCAGUGCCAAUCCAGCAGAGCCCCACUGCGUGGGAAUGGAUGCAGCAAACUACGGUCUGAGGUCGUACUGGUGCCAUCACCAUCAACCAUAUAUCUGCGAAAUUAAUAUAAACUCUACUACUCUCUACUAAGUAAUUAAUAUAGUUUUGAAUAUAACGUUUUAUUUAAAAGUCUGAAUUAUGAAAUAACAAUUAUUAUUAGGCUAAGAACUAUAUCAAGUCGACCUCUACGGGGGAAACCACCGUAGUUAAUUCGUGGUAAAUUUGUCACAAUGGACUAACUGAUCUGACCUCUUGCUGAUGCGUCUUAUCAUACUAUACUAGUAUUCCUCCAGCGUUGUGUACCAAUUAUUUAUUUUCUGAUUAAAUAUCCAAUAAUAAUAAAUACAGUUUACGAACCUAUAUAUUUAAUCCGGGUGAUAUCAGAAUGUAAUAUAAAAUUAUUGUAUACACACUUAACAAGAGCUAUAUUCGGUGGCCUUGGCCCUGAACUCGAAUCCAUAAAAUGGAUUAUAAACGAUUUUAGACACUGUUCAAGCAUCUAUAACAUAAAAUCACUCGAGCCGACUUCUCUGGGAUUAUGGUAAAAUUCCAAUAUAAAUGUAAAA